AUGUUUGGGCUGAUGAUCAUUCUAUAUACGAUGCACAAUACUCUGAUAACAGAUUGCAUGGCGACAUAUUUCAGAGCUGUAAACUGUUGUGACUCUUGUAUCGACGUGCACUUUAUUAGCUGUCACUCUGGUCGGAAACAAGAUUUUUUCUGUGGACUUCCCCACAAUGCGGUUGAAAGGUAUUGCCUCUUUGCUAGUGGAUUUCCAGAUUACACUCUUUUCUACAAAAUAUUGAGCACUGACAGACGGAACAUCAUCAAGCCAAGCUGGAACUUUUCUCAGUACAAAAUAACGGUCGUCACUAGACAACUGCUGACACCAGCAGCUCCACCAAACGAGUACCAAAAAAUCCUUAUAGAUUUUGAGCGACCGCCUGAAUCGUUUUUGCAUACGAAAGAAUAUAAAUCUGUGACAUUCACCACCAACAUAACCCAUGACUUCCGAACAGCGGUUCAGCUGAACAGGCUGAACAUUCGCCUUAUGGUGAACAGAACUUGGAUGCAAAAUUAUUUUUUUGUCGAUUAUCUUGACUUUGCUGCUGAUCUUUCAAGUAUGUCUGCUAAUUAA